CUUUCUCUCUCACGCACAAAACACACAGUAAAAUGGGUGACAUAACGCACCCUCCCAUGGAACAGCUGCAAGACCUUGAGUACUGCAUUGAUUCUAACCCUCCAUGGCCCGAAAUAAUCGUUUUAGCAUUUCAGAAUUACAUAGUCGUGCUCGGAACAAGUGUAAUGAUUCCAACAAUGCUCGUUCCAGUUAUGGGUGGAUCCGACGAGGACAAAGCACGUGUUGUCCAAACUCUGCUUUUCGUAGCUGGAUUCAACACACUUCUUCAGUCUUUAUUCGGAACAAGGUUACCUACCGUUGUCGGUGGGUCCCUCACUUACGUUAUUUCCAUUGCAUAUAUAAUUAACGACUCGUCGUUACAACGGAUCGAGGAUCCUCAUUCGAGAUUUAUACAUACGAUGAGAGCUAUACAAGGAGCUCUAAUCGUUGCAUCGAGCAUACAAAUAAUUAUAGGCUACAGCCAAGUAUGGGGUCUCUUUUCACGGUUUUUUAGUCCUCUUGGAAUGGCACCGGUCGUUGGCUUGGUCGGUUUGGGUUUAUUCCAACAAGGCUUUCCUGCACUGGGGAAUUGUGUAGAGAUUGGGUUGCCGAUGCUUUUCUUAGUCAUUGCAUUGUCUCAGUAUAUGAAGCAUGUGAAAAUAGUGAGGGAAUUCCCGAUUUUCGAACGAUUUUCCGUAUUGGUUUGUGUGAUUAUAAUUUGGAUAUACUCCCUCAUACUAACGGCUAGUGGAGCUUACCGUGGAAAACCGAUUACUACUCAGCUGAGCUGUCGUACAGACAAAUCCAAUCUUGUAUCGUCUGCCCCAUGGUUUAUGUUCCCGUAUCCUCUGCAGUGGGGCCCGCCUACCUUUACCGCAGGUCAUUGCUUCGCCAUGAUGUCUGCUGUUUUCGUGUCAAUGGUUGAGUCGACCGGAGCAUACAAGGCGGCAGCUCGUCUGGCAAUAGCAACUCCGCCUCCCGCCUAUGUACUCAGCCGCGGCAUUGGUUGGCAGGGAAUAGGCGUUUUGAUCGAUGGUCUUUUCGGAACAUGCUCUGGUUCUACUGUGUCUGUGGAAAAUGUCGGGCUUCUUGGACUAACUCGAGUUGGAAGUCGUAGAGUUGUUCAAAUCUCAGCUGCUUUCAUGAUAUUCUUUUCCAUAUUCGGGAAAUUUGGGGCUGUUUUUGCGUCAAUACCUUUUCCGAUUUUUGCUGGAUUAUACUGUGUGCUAUUCGGCCUCGUUGGUUCCGUGGGGUUAUCGUUUCUUCAAUUUACGAAUAUGAAUUCUAUGAGGAACCUAUUCAUAACUGGUAUUUCGCUUUUCCUCGGAAUUUCGAUCCCUCAGUUUUUCAGUGAAUAUUGGAACGGUCGUCGUGGAUUAGUGCACACUCAUGCUGGAUGGUUCAACGCGUUCUUGAACACAAUAUUCAUGUCACCUCCGACAAUUGCAUUGAUCGUCGCUGUAAUUCUCGACAACACGCUAGAUGUGGAGAAGUCGAAGAAAGACCGCGGAAUGCCUUGGUGGGUGAAAUUUAGAACAUUCAAAGGCGAUAAUCGGAACGAAGAAUUCUAUACGUUGCCGUUCAAUCUCAAUCGAUUCUUUCCACCUACAUAA